AUGGCUUCUGCCCUCAACAGCAAAAUUCACACACCCGGGACUUGCCUGGGCUCCAAAGCUGAGGCCCACGGCGGCGCCUGCUGGAGAAUGGACUGCGACCCCGAGAUGCACGUGAAAAUGUGCAAGAAGAUAGCGCAGCUCACCAAGGUGAUUUAUUCCCUGAACACCCGCCAGGAUGAGGCCGAGGCCAGCAUGGAGGCGCUGCGGGAGGCCCACCAGGAGGAGCUCUGGAAUGCUGUGGCAGAGACCAAGGCGAGGUUUCUGCAGGAGCAGGCACAGGGCCGUGCAGAGGAGGAGGAGGCCCUGCUCCAGCGCAUUCAGGCCCUGGAGAGUGCACUGGAGCUGCAGAAGAGACUGACGCAGGAGGCACUGGCCCAGUCGGCCACGUGCAGGCUGGAGACCAAGGAGAGGGAGCUGAGGGUGGAGGCGGAGCAUGCCGAGCGGGUCCUCACCCUCUCCAAGGAGAUGCUGGAGCUCAAGGCUGACUACGAGAAGAGGCUCCGGCACCUGGUGGGCCACGAGGUGCCCCAGUGGGGCCAGCUGUCCCAGGAGAGCCCUGACCCAAAGGCAGAGCCAAGCACUGGCCCCGAGAUACGAGAGGUCCUGCUGGAGGUGGAGCGGCUACGAGCAGAGAACCAGCAGCUGAGCAAGGACUACGCCCAGAAGGCCGAGGAGCUGCAGGUGAGCUACGAGCGGGAGAACGAGGCCAUCCGGCAGGCCAUGCAGCAGUCAGUGAGCGAGGCCCUGUGGCAGUGGCAGGAGAAGGAGACUGACCUCCGCAAGAACUUCCAGGUGCAGGAGUCAGCCCUGCAGGCCCAGGUCCGGAAGCUGGAAGGGGACCUGGAGCACAGAGGCCGCAAGAUAAGUGACCUGAAGAAGUACGUCCAGAAGCUGAAGGAAAGGAUUCAGGACCUGGAUGUGCAGCUCAAGGAGGCUCGACAGGAGAAUUCAGAGUUGAAAAGCACUGCAAAAAAACUUGGGGAGAAGCUGGCCGUGGCCAAGGACAGACUGAUGCUACAGGAGUGUCACGUGACACAGAAAACCGAUGACAUGAAGACAGAGCGAAUUGCAGAGAAUGAAAUCUUAGGGAAAGCGAAUGACCUGGAAUCCCGCAGUCCUCGUGCUCAGCAGGAUCGGAAGUUCCCCAAGGAAUGUCUGUGUACGAAAGGAGGCACAGAUGCACAGGCCAAGAAAGAGGCUCGCGUGGAGACGGAACACGUGAAGCAGCAGUAUGAAGAGGACCUCCGUAAAAUCAAGCGUCAGACAGAAGAGGAGAAGAAGCACCUCAAAGAGCAGCUGGUGAAGCGCCUGGAAGACCUGGUGAAGACACACACCGCGGAGAUCAAGUCGGUCCGCUCGUCAGCGGAGGCCGAGAGAAAGAGGCUGCGGACGGAAGUAGAAGCACAGUUGGAGGAGGUGAAGAAGAAAUCAGAAAGUGAAAUAAAGCAGCUGGAAGAAGAGAAAGCAGCCCUCAAUGUGAAGCUCCAGAAUUCUCGGCUCGAGGUUUUAAGGCUGGAAGAGUUUAUCCAACAGAACAAGGCCUAUCCCCAAAGAGAUGAGGAGCAACCCCAGGAACUGAACCACCUGCACCACCGCGUUUUAGAAACCCAGGAUCCAUGCCUGAUGCUGAAUGAGCCUUCUCAGACCUUGCCCGGAGGAGAAGAGUAUGAAGAUAAGUUAGCAGCUAAAGAAGGAGCCAGCAGUGACGAGGAGGACAGGAUCACGGUGCCCCUGGAGGAAGGAGGGAGUCCACAGUCUCCCCUGGGCUCUCUGCUGAAGGAGAAGGCCCCUGAAAUCCAGCGCCUGCGGGAGGAGUGGCAGGGCCAGAAGGCCAGACUGCAAGCCCAGGUGUCGCAGAUGCAGCAGGCCCUGGAGCAGUGCACCAGCAACUACAGGCAGGACCUGCAGGAGCUCCGGCGGCUCUCGGACCAGGAGAGGGAGAAGCUGCAGCGGGAGCUCCAUGAGACGGUCCAGCAGAACCAGGCUGGGAGGGCCCAGAUGGAGGCGUCGCACCAGCGGGCCCUCCGCCUGCUUGAGAAAGCCAAAAACCAGGAACUCAAGGCCACAGAAGAGCUCCUAAAAAAGGAAUCCAGCCACAGCCUCCAGAGGCAGCACCAGGCACACCAGCUAGAGCUCCAGGCCUUGGAGGAAAAGGUCCGGCAAGAGCUCCAGGGGGAGCAGGAGAGGACGCAGGCUCAGCAGGCUCUGCUGUUAGAGUCUCUCAGGCAGGAGCUGCGGCAGCAGCGGGCCGCCUGCUCGGAGCACCAGAAGGACAUGGAGGCGCUGCAGGCUGAGCUGCGGGCUCUGGGCAGCUCUGACCGGCCGCGGGCCCUCGCCCAGGGUGCAGGAGACAGCGAGGACCACGUGGACACCACCGAGGAGGGGCGCGGCCCGAGCCCGACUGGCUCCCCGAAGGGCGCCGCUGAGCCUUCUCCCAGCAGCGACGGGGGCCUCCUCCGGGAGAACUCGCAGCUCAAGGACACAGUGCGGCAGCUGCGGGAGGAGGUGGAGCAGCACCAGCAGGAGGCGCUGCGGCUCCACGACCAGAGCAGGCAGCUGGAGGAGGACCAGCAAGCUCAGCGGGCCCGGGAGGUGGAGACUCUGCGCCAGGAGCACCGGAAGGAGAUGCAGGCCCUGGUGGCAGACUUCAGCAGCGCCCAAGCCCGGCUCCAGGCCCGGCUGGCUGCCCUGGAAACCGAACUGAAAGAGUCCGGAGAGAAGCCAGGGAAGGGGGCGCCCAGGCCGGAGGACGCGCAGCUCAUAGGCCGCCUGCGGACCCGCUUGAAGGAGAGAGAGGAGAUCAUCAAGCAGCUCACGGAGGAGAGAAGAUUUCACUACGCAGCGCUCCCCAGCGCCAUGUCGCAUCGGAAUCGGUCCUUCUCUUUCAAUCCUCACCCGGGGUAUCUGACCCCUUCCAUGAAGAAAAAGAAGAUGGAGGAAGUGCCCAGCCGAGUGGUCAGCGUGCCAAACCUCGCCUCCUACGCAAAGAACUUUCUGAGUGGGGAUCUGAGCUCGAGGAUCCACGCCCCGCCAAUCACCAAGUCACCCAGCUUGGACCCGGGCCCCAGUGGGGGCCAGCCCUACAAACCCACCCAGUCUCCGGACGUGAAAACUGCCACAAGGACACAGGAUGACGAAACGGCCCCGCCCAAGGAAGUCCCGCAGAAACAGGGCUCUGCCCACCAGGAGUGGUUCACCAAGUAUUUCUCUUUCUAAAUUGAUCCUUGGGAUCCAUCACAAAGGGGACGUUUGAAAAACAUUUAAAACGUCUGAUGGAGAGAAUGAACUGAAAAAAACAAUCAACCAAAUACCUUGCUUUGUAACAUGGUUUGCACACAAUGGCUAAAGCAGAUUUUGGCCUUGACAUUUCAUACUGUUUCAUUGUGACACCAGUUCAUUACAAGAUUCUUGACCUUAGGAUAAAACGAACUAGUGUUGUCCAAAAGCAUCGUACGAAGGUGUUAUUAAUGUCACUAAUGGCCUCGCCACCGUAUGCCGGUGUCUCUGAGAUCACCCUCCACACAAUGCUAGCCAUAGUCUACUUUGAAAGCGACCUCAUUUCCCCUGAGGAUGCAAAGCAAAUGGACUGAAAACUGUUUUUGUGUAAGUGAUACCAUUCAAAAUGCAUAUCCAACCUCAGUAAGAAGAUGAAUAAAACGAAGUUCCAAAUAACCAGGAAAGCCAACUAAAAAACAAAACAAGCAAAUCAAGACCUUGACGUACUUGGAUUAAGUACUUUGACUUUCCAAUCCAGGACCCGGAGUCGAUAAUCAAGAGGAUAACACCUACCUCAACGUGGGGCUUCAUGAGGAUUAAGCAAAACGACCUGGGCGAAGAUCCUGGCCAGGCACUGCCAGGAUUUUCCGUGAAUAACCAGCCCUACCCCGUCCACACCUCAGUUUUAGUGACUGCAGCAUCAUCAGUUUACCAUUUGUGAAGGUUUCGAGAUUAUCUGUUCUUUCAAGUCAAAGAUCUACUGAACCUUUGGGAAGUGGGAGUGGCCCUGCAUGGUGCUGACCUCACCUCUGAGGUCACCUCACCACUAUCUGAGCCUCUGAGGGAGCAGUGCGAUUGGACGCGGCUUGAUUCAUCUCUGAAGGGGCGAACGAUGCUCUGGGUCCUUUGGUGCUGGCCCAGCCAGGUGGCCCACAAACCGCCCUGUAUUCUAUGCAUUGUCAGGUCUUUGCUCUUUGAAUAAAACUUUUAAACACC